AUGGAAGAGAUUUUAGUGUCAUAGAGAAUGGGACCAUCUGCACUGACUCAAUAACUAUCGUCUAAAUAGGAAUCGCCUUGCAACCUAAUGCUAGAAGACGAUUAUCAAAUAGAAAGCCAAAGAGAUAUGAUAGAGAACAAGAGCAUAGAUAUGAAUAUGUCAAGAUUCGAGAGUAGAACUGAAUUUAAGAAACAUGCAUAAUUUUUAACAAAUAGAGCACUAAGAACAAUUUAAACAUAAAAAUAAUCUCAUUUUUUGCAAAGCUAUAAAUUAUAGUAACAUGUUCAUCGAUUUAUAAAUAACUUAUUCACAAACUCAUACAUUCUUAGAAAUACUCAAAAAUAGAAAAUUACUGAUAAGCUACUUGAAAAAUAAUUUAUUAGUUAACAUAGAAAAAAAGAUUAUGAAAAUAAAUCAGUUAUCCCAAUAUUCUUACCUUCCACAAAUUCAAUAAUGAUAUGGGAUAUUUUCGGAUUUAUAUGUAAUCUAAUGAUGCUCUGGUUGACUCCAUUUUUGGGAGCAUUUAACAAUUAUUAUAACGAGACAAUAUCAGUCUUACAAUAAAUUAUUUUAAUAUAGUUAAUUUUAGAUUUUUUUGCACAAUUUAAUAGAGGAAUAUUUGUGUCUGCAGUUCUGAUAACUAAUAGGAAGAAAAUAAUUACGUAAUACUUAAAAUCUAAUGCUUUAUCUGAUUUCUUAAGAAUGGUCAUUUGGAUUGACAUCAAAUAUUAGAUAUUAUUUACUUUUUGUUUUGAGAUAAUAAUAGUUUUAUAAAUCAUACUAAUAUACUAAAAGAUACUUAGAUAUCUAUAGGAAUAUUAUUAUUAAUAUAUCUAUUCAAAAAGAGGAUAAAACUUUAUUUUAGAUUUAGUUUAGUUGAUCAUUCAAAUUUACUAUUUUGCACAUAUCAUAGCUUGUGUCUGGCAUUACGUAGGCGAGAAUACUUAUUAUUUACACAAUUCUUGGAUUCUUGAAAACCAAUUAAAUGAAGAAACUGUUUGGAAUAGAUAUAAUUCAGCAUUUUAUUGGGCAACUAUGACAAUGACAACUGUAGGGUAUGGAGACUUUUCAGCAAGAAACUAAAUUGAAAUGUUGGUGUCCUCUUUUAUAAUGUUUUUUUCAAGUUAUGCUUUUGCUUAUACCAUGAGUUCGAUUGGAAUAAUUCUAAAAAAUGUUUAUGAUACAAAACAAACAUAUAAAAAGAACUUAAUUUAAAUGAUUUAAUAUAUGAGUAAGAACUAAGUUGAUGAAUCUACUUAGGGAAGAAUUAGAAAUUACUUGAGAUUCUAAUAAGCGCAAGAAAAGAAAGAAAACUAAGAUGAAAUUACCAACCUUAUUAAUCAAUUGCCUAAAAAUUUACAACAAGAUUUAAAUGCAGAUAUAUAAUCUCGGGUGAUCAAAAAAAUGAAACUCAUAAUAAAUCAUUUCUCUAAAUACACAUAAUAACAGGUUGCUAAAAACCUUGAGUUAGUUUCCUUUAUUCCAGGAGAUUUCAUUUAUAAAUAAGGUGAUUAGCAUGAAGAUAAUUUAUAUUUCUUAUAGAGUGGAGAUGUGAUUUUAAUGGAAUGUCAAACUGAGUAAAAUCUAAGAUCUGUAAAGAAUUCAUAAUAUUUGGGAUAUUAUUCCUUUUUUACUGGGUUUACUCCAAAAGAAACCGCUAUUUGUCAAAGUCCAAGUGAACUAUAUAAAAUCAGCAGAAAGAAAUUCCUUGAUAUUGUGCGUUAGAAUUAAAAAGACUUCGAAAUCUUCCAUCAUAUCAAAGAGAAGUUGAUUUUUUCAACAAAUUACGUCCUCUUUGAUCAUAAAUGCAACUUUUGUAACAGGUAUAUACAUUAAGAAAUUGAUUGUCCUUUAAUUUAAUAUAAACCUGAUUUAGAAGCUAUUUUGAAGAAAGAAAACUUUAAUCAGAUAGUAAAUCUCAGAAGAUUAGUUAUCAGAACAAAAAGAAAACAUCAUGCAUUAGGAUAACAUCAACCAAUUGAACAAUAACUAAAAAUAUUUCAGUAAGACAAUCAAUUUUGUGAGGAUACUGACUCUGAUUAGGAAGGCAAGUUUGGAAACCAGAAAUCAUUUUUUUCUGAAUAAUAAUAAAGAAGUUCAUCUUAAUUAUUAUAAACUGAAGAUGAUGGACACUUUGAAAAUACUCCUCCAAGAUAAAAUCAAAAAAGAGCAACUUAACAUUAUGGUCCACUAAAAUUAUAAAAAAUGUCAUCUUUUUCGAAAUAGAAACUAGGAUAGGUUGAAUAGAAAUCUUCACAAAGGAGAAUGAUUAUUUAAAAUGAAGAGUAAAUGGCAUUAAAAAAUUAUUGUAUGAUUGAGGAAGUGUAAUUAUUAUUGUAAAAAUAAUUUAAAUCCUCUUUUAAUUUGGAUAAAGUAUGUAAUACUUUUCGAAGUUAUAUGCCUUUAUAUACAAUUGAAUCAUAGAUUAAAGAAUUACAAAAAGUUCAAAAGAAAAAAUAAAAAAGAUUUUGGAAAUAGAAUGAAAAACUUGGAAAAUAUACUUUCUCUAAUAAUGUAAAAGUUUUGACACUAAAGAUACUCAACUAAAGCAAAUAUACAAGUAAAAAUAUUAGCUAAAUUUGA